AUGGAACAUUUUCCUCAGGAUCAUGAUCAGGCCAAAGAUGCUUUAGAUCAGCAAUAUAAAAACAGUAGUUUAAUAACAAGCAUAUUCCAUAGCAGAGUACAGCAACCUGAAGAUAGAUUGAUAGACUGUUUACAAGGUGCAUUACACCACAUCAUAUCACAAGAAUCAGAAGAAUAUAGCAAUGUGAAGGGCAUACUUGAAAGUGAUGAUGAAGAAGUUGUUAAUUUGAAGAACUUAUCAGGUGGAAGUAAAGUUGAUCCUUCACUUAAUAAAGCCACAAAUAAAAACCUUACAGGCAACAACAACGUAGAGAAACAUCCUCAAGAUGAUCACAUCGAAAUUGUAGCGGCUGGAACAUGUCGUCUUCAACAAGGAGUACCCAUUCCAGUUGUAAUGGAUGUUAUACUUUCUAUAAAUAAUUCUGCCAAUAGAAAUGUGUUUCAAGAUUCUCCUUGUGAAGCCCACCAUGAAAAAGCUACAGAUUUAGAUAAGCCAGUAUUUAUAUCACACAAAUCUGGAAAGCAUGACUUCAUAAAGAGAGUUAAUAAUCGUUCUAAAAUUAAAGGUUUUGACAUAAUACAUGAAGAUUAUGAAAAAGCUGAAUCAGCCGAUCAUGUCAAAAGCACACCCAAGGCACUGAGUGAUAACAAUGGAGACAAAGACCUCAGUAAAGUUAGAAAUGAUGCAAGUUAUUCUGUCAAUACAAACUAUUCUGCUAAUGGACAUGGUAGCUCAUCUAACCAAGAAGAAACAAACUUGAAACACAGUGGGAAACAGGAAGUAACUGAUGUAAAAUGUGUUGACCUACCUGGAAGCGACACUGAUGACAAUGGAGUGGAUUCUCAAAAGGUUGUUACUAAAGGUAUUGUAAAGGAUGAAGAUACUUCUGUCAAAUACCAGUUGCAAGAAGAGAGUGACAUCAUUGGAAUAAAGCUGAACACAGAUGCUGAGAAUCAGUCAAAGAAUAAAAGAACUGACAGUGAUGAAACUUCUGGAAAUAUCAGUGGACUUUUUGUGCACCCCAGGAAAGACAAUGAAGGUGCAGAUGAAGUUGAAAAGACCAUUUCAAUUAAUGACUCUAAAACACAAGAAAAGAAAAUUGAAGCAAAUAGGAGUGAUCUAGGGAUUAGAGAUCUGGAGGAGGAAAUGAGUAAUCAGGAACACAAAAUUACAAAACUUCCCAGAGUUUCUUUCAAAAAUGUUGAAGUUGAUGAAGAUUCAAAUACAGAGGAUGAACAUAAUGUGAGGAGUGAUUGUCAUGGUGUGAAAGAAAACAUACUUUUUGCUGAAGAUUCUACAAGUGAGGAGUCUGUGGAAAAGUUGUCACUGCAGGACUUAGCUUUUGGAAUGGAUGGCUACAAACAUUUCAAAUUGUAUGCAGAGAUUGAUAAGAAUAUACGGGUGAAUGAACUACAGGAUGCCAAGGAAGCAUUGAAGAUGAAUUAUAAUUGGAGAGCUCAACAAAUUGAUGAAAUUAUAUGUGUUGCUACAGAAUACUACAAGAAUCCAAAGAACAGCAAGGCAGUGUCUGAGUGGCAUGAACUUAAGAAAACUGUUUCAGUGGAGAAGAGAAGUACAGUCAAGAGUAACACAGACAUUAAGUUUCAUCUGGCAUCCCUCCAUGAACACAGGACAAUUUUUACAUAUAUCCUUAUUGCAAUGCAACUGGUGUCAGUGAUUGUGACAUGCAUACUUGGCAAGCUGACAUACAUAGGGUUAGAACCAAAGUUGGAGCUAAUGACGGGAGUAAAGACAUUUAUGGGCACAGAGAUGGUCCACAAAUGGAUUCCACCAAAUGUGUGGAUUGGGCCCUCUGAGAAAUAUCUAAUCAGUAUUGGAGCUCUGUACGCCCCUUGCAUGAGAGAAGACUAUGGUAUCCAGAUAGAUCUGAGUAAAAAAGGCUAUAAGAAAACCAGCAUACUUGGCUGUUGUGAGGUGGCCAGCAGAAAUGUGGCAGGAACUACAACUCAGUCAGAGUGUGUAAACAUCACUAACGGAGUAGGAGAGUGGAGAGAAGGUGUUGUGUGUAGUGAGCGUCCAUCAGGACAGAACUCCGUUGGUCAUGUAUUGAAACCUUGCUGUACAGGACUCCAAGGAGAGUGUCAGCUGUUGUCACACAAACAUUGCCAGUUUCUGGAGGGAAGCUUUCAUGUCAAUGGGCAUGAGCAUUGCAGCCAAGUAAAUUGUUUGAGCUCAGUGUGUGGGAUGGGAGGAUUUGAGCCUGACCACACACACCCAUGGCUUCCAAGAGACCCUAUCCAGUGGUGGAGAUUGCCUCUGUCUUUAGUCUAUCACCAUGGGCUGAUUCAUGCCAUCCUUGUAAGCCUUGCUCAGAUUCUUCUAUUUAGGAAGAUCGAACAGACACUUGGCUGGCUUCGACUCAUCAUUGUAUAUCUUAUGACGGGUUUAGGUGGGCUGCUGACUGCUGCUAUAUUCAGUCCCUAUAUGCCACAUGUAGGUGGUACAUCGACUGUGUUUGGGAUGGCUGGGUUAAUCACUGCAGAACUUGUACACUACUGGCACCUUGUCCAAAAACCUGCUGUGGAGCUGACAAAGAUUUUUUUACUUUUAGUCAUCUUCCUUAUGUGUGGCACUCUCCCAUACAUUGACAAUUACAGCAUUGUGUCUGGAUUCCUCUUAGGUUUCUUCUGCUCUGUCUUCUUUCUUCCUUUCAUGUCCUUCAGACAGCAACAGAAACAUUGCCGAAUCCUCCUCCUUUGUCUUGGUGGACCCGUCAUAUUUCUGGUGUAUUUUGUUCUGUUUUAUGUUUUCUAUAGAGUACAAACAUUAGAAGAAUGCUCAGGAUGUAAACUGUUUAACUGUGUGCCAUACACAAAAGCAAUGUGUGAUAACUUAUUGUGA